ACCACAAGAGCAAGCCUUGCGGCGGCGCCAUCGACUACCUACCCGACGAUUCCUCCAUCCCGACUACCUACCCGACGACGUCGAUCUAUCCGUGCCUCUCGACGACGUCGCGCACCACUAAGAGGCGAUAGCUCCAGCGUCGACGCCGACGAUUCCUCCAUCCCGACUCCCGAUCUGUUCUUGCGAGGGUACUCCCGACAUCCCGACUCCAGCGCCGACGAUUCCUCUGCAGUUGGGAAAAAGAAGAUAUUAUCUGCAAAAUGAAAUCAAAAAGCUCGCAGGGAAAACGAGCUCAAGCAUCGGUAUCUA